AUGUGUGCCCGUCCCCCUAACGUCCAGUUCACUGCCGCAGCUGGUAAAUCUGCUCGGGAAGGAAGCUCACCUUCUCCUGAGCCCUCUUUAAUCAAUCGAGACACACACAUUCUGCCAAAAAGAUUCAUUAAUUCUUUGAGUACUCUUCCCAAAAAAGACUUAGAAAAGCGUGAUAUAUACGGGAGAGCCUUACUACAUGUCGUUUGCUUGGCAAACAAAAGAUAUUUACUGGAGAAACUUUUGAAAAACCCCAACCUAAACAUAUCCAUUACAGACCUCGAAAACCACUGGAAUUGCCUGCACUAUGCGAUUUUCUACAAGAACUUCAUCAUUGCUCAAAUCCUCAUUUCUACCAAGCAGAGUUUGCUUCAAGCAAAAGACCGCGAAGGAUUCACACCCUUAGACCUUAUGAGUAGCGAAAUCGACAUCUGGAAACUGAAGUGGGUGCCUGAAAGUAUUGGCAGACUGCAACUGCCUAAGCCCAAAAUGACUGUGGAAGAAGCCAGAUGUGGCACUAGGGAGAUCAAUCUUGAGAAAAGGUUUACGGGACAUCAGUCGUUUAGAGCAAACAACACUCCGAGAUCAUUUCAGCUUAGCAGGGGAGGGUCGAAUAUUGUGAUGAUUGACUCUCUGAAGGAUGUCGGUGAAAACACAGAUCAUUUGGUGCUUGUGGACAUGAGGAGACUCAAGUACAAAUAUGGUGACAGGGAAACGUACUCGAGCCUUUCAGAGAGAAUUUCAUUUCCGAGGAUUCGAGACGUCAAAAUGUCCAAACACCAUUCAAUUGUUCUUACUACAGAGCCUCAAGCCAAUAUAUUUGUCAAGGGACUGGGCACCCGCGGUCGUUUGGGGUUGGGAAAUGGACAGCCGCAAGACGCUUUUGUUGGAAUUCCUGCGUUUGAAAAGGAGCGAAUCUUGUUUGCAGAUGUGAGCAAUGAUCAUUCAAUAUGUUUGACUGCGGACGGCAACGUGUAUACUUGGGGUUUGAACUCAUACGGUCAGUUGGGCUAUCAAGUUGACUUGCUUCCUCAUCAAACAGAAGCCUGUGUGUCCAUUCCAAAGCUGGUCAACACUGGAGACCUGAAGAAGCAGACUAAUUCCCAGAUUCUCGGAGUCAGUUGCUCGAAAUUCCAUUCCUUGGUUUAUACAAAAAGCGAGAUUUAUCUUUGGGGUUUGAACGUUGGCCAAUUUGGGUUCAGUCCUUCGGGAAAUUUAAACAAAGUACCUGGCAGAAAUGGCGUUGGUCUAAUCCAAAUCUACCCAAGAAAAUUGGCUUUCACCUAUGGAGACAUUAGGAUUGUUUAUGCUGCAGACAGUUUCACGGUUGUUCUGACCAAUAGCAACGAGCUGCACUUUUAUCUCAACGGUUUCCAUUCGAAAGUGAUACCACCGCUGCUCAACAAAAUCGACUCGGAGUCUUUCAACACUUUCCGUCCGCGUGUUCUUUCGCAGAGGAAGUCAAUCUCUAAAAUGGUGGCGCAGAAAGGAUGCGAUUCGUGUCUUCUUUUGCUCGAUAACGGAGAUAUCAUGCAGCUCAAUAUGGAUGUGAAAAGCCUAGAUAAUGCUUUGUUCCAAAAAAGUGUGCGUUUUACUACCAUCUGGAAGGCCUCAAAAGAACACUUGCGAUGCACAGACGUCGACAUGGGCAAUGAUGGCUCUAUAAUCAUCUCUGUGCAGGACGGCUCCGCAUAUAAACGUAUCAAGCGUGCUAUCGUGAAAGACUCCAAGUCGUCGCACGGCUACAUCUCAAAGAAGUUCAAGUUUUCCAAGAUCGUGGGUCUCAAUAAGGUUGUCAGGGUGGUUUCUGAUCCUCUGUUUUCCAGGUUUGCCUUUAUCCGGGAUGAUACUGAUCUCAUUCCUCAUAGACUAGCGAAGUCGUCUAUUCUACAGGAUUUCUAUAGGCUGUCGCCGUUGAGCGAAAUCCAGGAUGAUAGACCUGUUCAACGUCGGGCCAUAGUCAACAAGGUGGACGAAUCGUAUAUGUCAUUGGAUACCAGCUUCAAAAUCAACUUUGUGUAUAAAACGAAAGCUUUAGAGGUUGGAGAAGAAGAGACUUUUUUCAGGCACCAAGUCGUUGAAGAGGAUUCGAAAGCGGCAUCACAUGACGUGAUCGCCAAUUUCAAAGACUCCAGGUGGACACACGAGAAGGAGAGCAUUGAUACGGUCGCGAGUAUCAACGAUGAUGGCGUUGUUCGCGAGAUUCUGAAAUCGGACAACAUUGACUAUUGGUUGACCAUGAAGGAUCUUGCCAAAGGAAAACACUACGAUUACACGGUGUCUGUUGACGGUGUCGAUAUAGACGUGCACCGAGAAGUUCUGGAGUUGCGAAGCGAGGUUCUCCGGAUCUUGAUUAAUCAAAAUGGCACUUUGGAACGUAAUGGGGUUAUACUGACCAGUACCGCAGGAAAACUGAAAUGCUCCGGGAAGGUGACCCUGUGUUCGGUGCUGGUGGUCCUACACUUUUUAUACACUGACCAGCUCGUCGAUGUGUGGACAGACUAUCCGCUGGGAAAAACUCCCAAGCACCUGCAGGAGAGCAAGACAGCUUUUGAGAAUAUAUCCAAAAUGCUACGUAUUGUUUCUCCUAUGGGCCGUGUUGAAUGUACAAACUCAUUACGCAGCGAUUUGGAGAAUUUGCGAGGUGAAUGUUUGAUUAAAUUGCAAGACGCCACUGUCACUGUUUUCAAGCCGCUGGUAGUUGCCAGAAGUGCGUAUUUUGAGACGCUGUUCUCCAGCAGGUGGAAUUCAGACUUUGCAUCGUUACCUGACAUCAACUCGAUUGUGUUUGGGGUGAUUGUCAAGUAUCUUUACGGCGUGGAAUAUGAUGAGUUAUUCAAUGAUGUGGAACAAAUUGUCGACGUCACGUCGUUUAUUAACUUCGCACUUGAUGUUAUGGAUGCUGCUGAGCAGCUCAUUUUGGCGGAGCUGAGUGAUAUUUGCCAACUGUUGAUAAAGGAUUUCAUUAGCUUGGACAAUGUGCAACACCUUCUCCGCCACUCAUACAACAUGAAGGCCUACAAACUGUUUGCUAACUGCUUGUGGUUCAUCUACAACAACUUGGAUGUUCUUUUACUUGACCCAUGGUUUGGUGAGAUGGUUGAAGAAGAAGAUAAUGCAUUUUUAAAUACCGUCAAUGAUGCUUUGAAAUGGUUUGCAACCCUCAAAAACCACCACCGUGAGGCACCUGUUCUCUAUCUGCAAGACCAUCCGGAGCUUAUUCGCGAGAUGAUUGAUGACAUGGACAGUUAUAAUGCACACUUUAUUCAUCCUUUGCUUUGGGAUGUGUUUACACCUGUAUUCGAGGACCAGGCACCAGUGCCAAAGAUAAGUUCGGCGGAGCGCAGAAGACGGUCUUCUGCAAGACGUAUUGAGGAAAAUAAGGCCAACGUUCCCGGUGCAACGGUGAAACCGCGCACUUUGUCCAAGGCUCUUUAUUCUCAAAGAAUUGUUUCGCAAAGCACUGAAGAACUAGAUGAAAAUGCCAUCGCCGAUGAUGACGCAGAUCAUGAUCUUGUUUUGGUGGCAAGCAGGAAGUCGUCUGCAAGGUCCAGCUUCUCUGUAUCGAGUCCGAUUCCUAUGCAGAAAAGCGGGUCCAUCAGCAAUCCGAAAAAGGCUUCGCCUCCGCCAGCGUCGCCAAACAGUUCAGGCCAAGCAUCAGUCACCAUUCACCAGGAUACCCCAAACACCAGUGCGGGAAGUUUCUUAACGCUAGCCGAAUCUUACGGUUCUCCUGGAAAUCCUGGGUUCAAACUCAACAACCCUGUUCCUCCUGUUGUCAAGGCAAGCUCGAAAAGUAUGCCUCGUCUAUCGCAAAGGGAACGGAUCAAGAGAGGCAAGCAGCAACAGUCUUCGCCUACAGGCUUCAGUAUCAUGAACAAUGCUAAUGUAUGGGGGACUUCUUCUCCGGAUACUCCUUCAAAGCCUUACACCCUGGUGAACCAUACUGCUGUUCUUGCAUCUGUGCCGUCUUUUGAGAGCGUUUUGUUGGAGGAGAAGAUGCUUCAGGAGAAGCAGAACCCUCAGCCGGUGAGAUCAUUCGAAGAUAUACAAAACGAGGAGCGAUUUGAGCAAUGGUGGGCCCAGGAAAGCGAGCGAGUCCAACGAGAGCUCCAGCGGGCUCAGGAGGCGGAUAGGCCGCGUCAGAAUCGCCGAAACAGUCGCAAGUCCUCCAACUCUAAAGACAGUAGUCAAAGAGACGGCUCCAAAAAUAUACCCAGAAAGCACCAUCAGCGCCGAGCUGAUGCGAAAAUUGAGGUUAAAUGA